ACUUUCCAUUCAGGAAAUCCCAAACAAACGAACAUGGCGGACUACGAAGAGCGGCGCAGCCUGUUGGGAGACGAGGACGAGGAGCCGUCAACCGGCAGACGGACAGCCAGAGGACCCGGCAGACCGAUGCCGGCCAUCUGCGACCCCAGCCACCUACUGCACCGAGUGGUUGUCCUGUUAUUCAUGUGCUUCUUGGGAUUCGGAAGCUACUUCUGUUACGACAACCCGGCUGCACUUCAGAGUGAAGUCAUCCAGGAUCUGAACCUGAACACCGCAAAGUUCAUGCAGCUGUAUGCCUGGUACUCGUGGCCCAACGUGGUUCUCUGCUUCUUUGGGGGAUUCCUGCUGGACAGGGUUUUUGGCAUCAGGCUGGGAACCAUCAUCUUCUCCCUCUUUGUAUGUGCUGGACAGGUAAUAUUUGCGACUGGAGCUCUGCUGAAUCGUUUCUGGCUGAUGGAAGUUGGACGUUUUGUGUUUGGUAUUGGAGGAGAGUCAUUGGCUGUAGCCCAGAACACGUAUGCAGUGAACUGGUUCAAAGGAAAGGAGCUGAAUCUGGUGUUCGGCCUUCAGCUGAGCAUGGCCCGACUGGGCAGCACAGUGAACAUGAACAUCAUGGGCUGGGUGUACAGCAAAGUGGCGAACCUUGUUGGCUCCUCUGGACACAUCACACUGGGCGCGUCGCUCAUGAUAGCUUCCGUAACCUGCCUGUUUUCGCUCAUCUGUGCCCUGGUGUUGGCAUUCCUUGACAAAAGAGCAGAGAGGAUCCUCCACAAGGAAGAAGGCAAAACGGGUGAAGUGAUAAAGCUGACGGAUGUGAAAGACUUCCCCUUCACCCUGUGGCUCAUCUUUAUCAUAUGUGUCGGCUACUAUGUCGCCAUUUUCCCCUUUAUUGGACUGGGACAGGUGUUCUUCAUCGAAAAAUUCAGCUUCUCCCCAGCCGAAGCCAGAGCUGUCAACAGCAUUGUGUACAUCAUCUCAGCCCCUGCGUCUCCAGUUCUGGGCUUUGUGGUUGACAGGACGGGGAGGAAUGUGGCUUGGGUGAUAUUAGCUGUGGUCAGCACGCUCGCCGCUCACAUGAUGCUCGCCUUCACCUUCUGGAACCCCUGGAUCGCUAUGUCCCUGAUGGGCGUCUCCUACUCCUUACUGGCCUGCGCACUGUGGCCCAUGGUGGCCUUUGUGGUCCCUGAGCAUCAGCUGGGGACAGCGUACGGCUUCAUGCAGUCGAUCCAGAACCUGGGACUUGCUCUCAUCGCCAUGGCAGCAGGAGCCAUUCUGGACGUCAGAGGGUACCUGCUUUUGGAGGUGUUCUUCUGCACCUGCAUCUGCCUCGCACUGAUGGCCGUGGUAGCGCUGUACUUCGUGGAUUAUCUCAGAGGAGGAGAUUUGAACCGGUCAGCCGCAGCCAGAGCCAAACUCCAGAAAGAAGCCACUUCAGAUGCCGAAUGAUGAUGAUGAUGAGGGAACACACAGUCCUGGGCGCUUCAGAGGCAGCAGGCUGCACUGUCCACCCCAGAGCUGUCAAUCAACUGCCAUGGGGCGGGACUGCGCUACUGACUCCGCCCAGUGCUGUCAUCUGUGGCUCCUCCCAGCAGAACUGACUGUCUGGCCCCCCGGCUAUUACAUGACCCACCCCGUGUUACGAGUGUAUUAUGUCCCAGUCAGGACACUGACAAAUGACUCUCGUCAGGUUGGACUCCACAGCUCCUCUCUGACUCCUCACACUGACAUCAUCUCCAAUUUUCACUCUCCACUGACUGCUCUGUGUGUGUGUGUAUGUGUGUGCGUGCGCGAGCGUGCGUGUGUCGGCUGAACUUCAGCACGAAGUUUCAUAAGUUGCAGAACAAAGUGUUUUAACCGUUUUAAAUGUUCAGCAGAGGAUGAGACUCUUAUCCUGUGGAAAGGUGAUUGAUUUUAUUACUUCUUCACUCUAAUGGAGCUCACAGUGUAAGAGUCCUGUAUUAAUUCAGUUGUUUUAUGUGUAUAUAGGGGUAACUUUGGAGGGUUUUUUUUACAGGUUUCUUUUUACAAAUCCUUCUCAGCAGGGCUCUGUUACUUGCGCUAUCGCACACAACUCAGCAGUUCCUUUAUGUCCAUCUGCAUUCACAAUAAUUGCCAACCAAAAUCUUCCUUACUGGACUCUCCUUAGGCAGAGGGAGUUCAUAUUCAAUUUAAUUAUAUGCAUCGUUGACCUUUUAUUGUUGAUCUCAAAAAGAGCAUAGCUCUUUAAUGUUUAAAUCUUUACUGGUCAAUUCUUUUAUUUCUUAAUUCUUUUAUCGGCUCUUGGCCGGUUUUAGAAGUUCAUAAAAAUUAAUGGCACAUUACUGCAAUGAUAAGAAAGAUGAGAAAAAAAGAAAGGCGCACUUUUGAAUGCCUUUGCCUGUGUGAUGAUAUUCGCAAUUUCAACUUUUUACAAACUGUUUUAUUAAUGUGACCUUUUAAAGAAUCAGAUCCACAUCUACAAAUUAUGUUUUGUCGACUGUAUUUUGCUCGUUUAUCAAGCUCAGGUUAUUAACUUGCUGUAAGCGCUGCCCCAAAUUGUUGCUUGCUGCAUCUGAACGGUGGGACAACGCACUCUGUUUCCUCUCACCAUUCCAGUUACAUAGAAGGAGAUUUGUCUCCCUGUGUUGUCAUUGGUCUCGUAGAUUGUGGAUAAUAAACAUUCACUACCUCAGUCGGGCAAAUAACUCAUCAGAAUACUAAGAGCGACUUAAUACCAGCUGGAAGUCUUGUUUUUGCUGACCUCCCAGGGUUUAACUCCUCACUUUGCUGCAGCGAUGUCACCUGUACUGCAGGGAGUGUCGGCACAGUGUGACAGCAGCCCCACCUGUGAGUGGCGCUGCGUGCGUUCACAGGUGAUUAAGCUGCUCUUUAAGGAAAAGGCCCGACGCGCGUAAGAAGACGGUCAGACGCACUGAAGUUCAAAUGUUGCGAUGUGUCAGAAACGUGCUGCCCUGCUCGCCCGUCACUCGUUUGCACUACGCUGUUGUGACGGCAGUGCCGCCUUUGCUUAACAGAAAAUCAAAUGUUAUGAAGUGUUAACUGUGUACACAAAGUUACAUGACUGAGAAAUUACACAAGAUCCAAUGUACAAUCAAAGAGUGAGAUUAGAAGUAAAGCAACUAUUUUUUUCAAACCAAAUCACACUUGAUACCAGAUUGUUCGUGGAACGAUGGCAUUUAAUUAAACACCAUUUUUGAAAGUA